UGUGUCUCAAUUGAACUCAACCAUUUAUUUUCUUUUAGAAAGUUAUUUUCGUUAUAAGAGAGUUCUAAUAAGGGUAAUAUGGUCAUACUCAUUUUUAAAGGAAAAAAACAUACCAAAUCUGGGUGACUAGAUUUCUGGCUUCUUUCUUUACUUCCCAAUUAGCUCAACUGAUGUUUCGGAAUUGCAAAUAAAAAUUGUAAUUUUAUUAUUAUUUUUCACGAAUACCUUCUCUUUCAUCACUGUGUCUGUCAUCAAAAAGCUUGAAGAACACCACACCACUGCCACUAGUGCCACCACCACUACCACCACCUCCCUCUGCAACUAGAGAGAAUUUCUGAUUGUAGAGGAGGGAGAAAGUCUAGAGAGAGAGAAAGAAAGAUAGGCUCUUUGGUUUUUAGUUAUGUUCUGUACAUGGUUUCUGGUUUAGUACUGCCGAAUAUUGAUAAGUUGGCCGAUUCAGUUUUUGCAUUAGACAAAAGGGUUGUUGUAAGAUUUUCCUUUUUUACAAUUUCUGUGAUUUUCCCGGAAAAAUUUCCCUGUAAAAGUUGAGUCUGUUUAAGCCUCUGUUUCCAUUUCCACGAGUCUAGAGCUAUUUUCAGCCAAGUAAAAAUAAAAAUAAAAAUACCUAUUGGGGUUUUGGUUUGGUUGUACAAGAUCUACAAAUAUCACCUGAACACAAUUGGCGUCCACUUCUGAAUUUGUUUUCCACUUUUCGUUUUGUUCUGUUCUGGUUGGUAUAGGUAGAAGAGGAAGGAGAAGAUAAAACCCAGAAAGAAAAGAGUGAGAAAAUUCGAGAGAAAAAAGAAGAAAAGUUGAAAAAGGAAACAAUGGAGUCUGAUCUUCAACACCCUCAACAACAAAUGGGGUCUUCAUCUGGCUUGAUGCGUUAUCGGUCCGCACCGAGCUCAUAUUUCACGAAUAUAGUCGACAGAGAAUUCUGUCAACAGUUCUUUAAUCGGCCAUCCAGCCCUGAAACAGAGCGAAUUUUCGCUCGGUUUAUGAACAGCGAUGGCGGCGGCGGAGGAGUUGGUGACGAGGAUGUUAAUUUAGCCGAUACGGCAGCUCAGAAGUUGUCGUCUGAGAAUACCCAGUUCGUAACUCCAGCGACGAUGAGUAACGAACCAGCUGGAGGGGUUCUUCCACCACAACCGCCGCCGCAACAACCGACAAAUUUGAAUAGCUAUUCUUCUGCUUCCCCGAGCUUUUACCAGAGCCAGUCAAAGCCACCUUUACCAACUCAGAACAUGGCUUCUAGUAACGAAGGGUCUUCGUAUGUGAAUCAGUUCCCGACGAUGAGAACUGGGGGUGUAAAUAACUCCAAUCUUAUCAGACAUAGCAGCUCCCCUGCUGGACUUUUUGCCAGUAUCAAUAUCGAAAGCUUGACUGCAAUGAGAGGUAUGGGGAGUUAUGGUGCCACUACCAGUACUAAUGAAGAUACAACUUUUUCUUCGCUAAACAAGUUAAAGAAUUUCUCAUCUGGAGCAGGUUUGAUGAGUCCUUUAGAUGAAAUCAUCGAUGACAAAACAUUGGUGGCUGCCAUUCAAGACAGUAGUACUGAAGCAUUUGGUGAAGGUCAUAGCAAUAGUAAUUUCGUCCCAAACUUUCCGUUGGGUUCUUGGGAUGACUCUGCUUUAAUAUCUGAUAAUAUCAGUGGCUUGAAACGGCUGAGAGAUGAAGAUGAGAAACCAUUUUCUGGGUUGAACAAGAGUCUAUCAGAAACUCAGAGCGUGGAAGCUGGAACUCGACCUCCCACUAUGCUAGCUCAUCACUUGAGUUUGCCUAAAACAUCAUCAGAAAUGGCAGCCAUUGAAAAGUUCUUGCAGUUUCAAGACUCUGUGCCUUGUAAGAUUCGAGCUAAGCGAGGCUGCGCCACUCACCCUAGAAGCAUAGCUGAGAGGGUAAGAAGAACUAAAAUCAGUGAACGAAUGAGAAAACUACAAGAGCUUGUCCCCAACAUGGAAAAGCAAACAAACACAGCCGACAUGUUAGAUUUGGCAGUUGAGUACAUUAAAGAUCUCCAGAGCCAAGUACAGACACUUUCUGAUGAUCGUGCCAAGUGUACGUGUUCAAACAAGCAUCAGCAAUAACAGCAAAAGCCCUGGAAGUGACUUUGGUUAUGUGAUAUGUGUGUACAGAGAGAAUCAUAAAAGUUUGGGUAUAAUAUAGCUGAGUUUGUCUUUUGAAAAAGAAAAAUGAUAAUAAUGAGCUAUAGCUUAUUUAUUAAUUAGACAUGAUUCGCUUUGAGGAGUGGAAAAAUGAAAAAGAAAAGGUACUACUGUGUAGAAUCAGACCCCAAAUAUUUGAUGACCCAAAAUAGGAAUUCACGGUGUAUAGUAAUAGUUUUUAUUUUUAUUAUAUAUUUUAUAUUAUAUUAUGCUUGUAGCAAAUAACACCAUGUAACGUGCUGCUUUUCAGUUCUGUAACUCAGCCUAGUUGAAUAGCAUUUAUUUUUCUUGAUA